CACAGAGGAGGAUGUGCUCUCUCUCUUCCUUUGCUGUUUUCUGCAUGGAUGUGUUUGCAGUGUAGAAACAUCCAAUCUCCUUCCACCUUUUCGAGAUGUCUACCAUUCCGGCUGAGGAGAGUGACCAGCUGCUGAUACGACCGCUUGGAGCUGGACAAGAAGUAGGAAGAUCAUGUAUUAUUUUAGAGUUCAAAGGAAGAAAAAUUAUGCUGGACUGUGGGAUUCACCCUGGCCUGGAAGGAAUGGAUGCACUUCCUUACAUUGAUUUAAUUGAUCCAGCUGAAAUUGAUCUCCUCCUCAUUAGCCAUUUCCAUUUGGAUCACUGUGGAGCGUUGCCCUGGUUUUUACAGAAGACAAGUUUCAAAGGAAGAACUUUUAUGACUCAUGCCACAAAAGCUAUUUAUAGAUGGCUUCUUUCAGAUUAUGUCAAAGUUAGUAACAUAUCAGCAGAUGACAUGCUCUAUACGGAAACAGAUUUGGAAGAGAGUAUGGACAAAAUUGAAACCAUCAACUUUCAUGAAGUUAAGGAAGUUGCAGGAAUCAAGUUUUGGUGUUACCACGCAGGCCAUGUUCUUGGAGCUGCCAUGUUCAUGAUUGAGAUCGCGGGCGUGAAGCUUUUGUACACAGGUGAUUUCUCAAGACAAGAAGAUAGACACUUAAUGGCAGCAGAAAUUCCUAAUAUUAAACCUGAUAUACUUAUCAUUGAAUCUACUUAUGGGACCCAUAUCCACGAGAAGCGUGAAGAGCGAGAAGCGAGAUUCUGCAACACUGUUCAUGACAUUGUGAACAGGGGGGGCAGAGGGCUGAUUCCUGUCUUCGCCCUUGGAAGGGCUCAGGAGCUGCUUCUGAUUUUAGAUGAGUACUGGCAGAAUCACCCAGAACUCCAUGAUAUUCCAAUAUACUAUGCAUCGUCUUUGGCCAAGAAGUGUAUGGCAGUUUACCAGACCUACGUCAAUGCCAUGAAUGACAAAAUUCGCAAACAGAUCAACAUUAAUAACCCCUUUGUUUUCAAACAUAUUAGUAACCUCAAGAGUAUGGACCAUUUUGACGACAUUGGGCCCAGUGUGGUGAUGGCCUCCCCGGCAUUGAUGCAGAGUGGCUUGUCCAGAGAGCUCUUUGAGAGCUGGUGCACUGAUAAGAGAAAUGGUGUCAUCAUCGCAGGGUACUGUGUCGAAGGGUACCCUUGCCAAGGGUCACAUAUCAUGUCUGAACCUGAAGAAAUCACGACCAUGUCUGGACAGAAGUUACCAUUGAAAAUGUCGGUUGAUUACAUCUCUUUCUCUGCUCACACAGACUACCAGCAAACCAGUGAAUUUAUUCGAGCUUUGAAACCUCCUCAUGUGAUAUUAGUGCAUGGGGAGCAGAAUGAAAUGGCCAGGUUGAAAGCAGCCCUGAUUCGAGAGUACGAAGAUAACGAUGAAGUUCACAUAGAGGUCCAUAAUCCUCGAAACACAGAAGCAGUCACCUUGAACUUCAGAGGAGAAAAACUAGCCAAGGUCAUGGGCUUUUUAGCAGACAAAAAGCCUGAACAGGGCCAGCGAGUCUCAGGAAUACUUGUUAAGAGAAAUUUUAAUUAUCAUAUACUUUCUCCUUGUGACCUCUCUAAUUAUACCGACUUGGCCAUGAGCACUGUCAAACAGACCCAAGCCAUCCCAUAUACGGGUCCUUUUAAUUUGCUCUUUUACCAGCUACAGAAACUGACAGGUGAUGUAGAAGAAUUAGAAAUUCAAGAAAAACCUGCUUUGAAAGUGUUUAAGAAUAUUACUGUAAUACAGGAACCAGGAAUGGUGGUGCUAGAGUGGCUGGCAAACCCUUCCAAUGACAUGUAUGCAGAUACUGUGACAACUGUGAUUUUAGAAGUUCAGUCAAACCCGAAAGUACGGAAAGGUGCAGUACAACAGAAGUUCUCUAAAAAAUUAGAAAUGCACGUUUAUAGCAAAAGGUUGGAGAUCAUGCUUCAGGACAUAUUUGGAGAAGAUUGUGUGAGUGUAAAAGAUGGUACUAUUCUUGGUGUCACUGUAGAUGGAAAAACUGCUAAUAUAAACUUGGAGACUCGGACCGUCGAAUGUGAGGAAGGGAGCGAAGAUGAUGAAUCCCUCCGAGAAAUGGUGGAACUGGCUGCACAGAGACUGUACGAUGCCCUGACGCCCGCCUACUGAUAAUUUAGUUUGUACAUGUGAACGCUUCCUUUUUCUAAGACUGGACUCAACUUCUGUUACUUAAAAUAAAUUAGUUUCUCUGGGGUA